ACACGAAGGCUGCUGAAACGAAAACGAAAGCCUCCAAAAGCAAUAACUGCACCUCUCAUCUUUUCUCUCCCACUUCUACCUACUUUUUAUUUUCGCAUCAUUUGGUUUUUCACCUUUCUUAGUUGGAAAGCUACUAUUGUCGAUGAAGUAGGCGACAACGAUUAUACUAACGUUCGUUACGUCGGUUGAUUUGCAUCUACUACAUUCGUUUUGAACGUCUGUCGAGCCAUCUCAUCUCAUCGCAUCGCAUUCCGCUGGGUCCAACUACUAAAUCUAAUCGUAUAUAGUAACUAGGUAUUUGAUGUCGGGUUAGGAACACGACAUUGACCUAAGGGACGAGGAGAAAGAAAGAGUCGACGAGAGAGAAGCAGAAAAAAAAGAGGAAGAGGAAAAAAACGAAACAAGAAGAUAGUACUAGUGCGGGCCACAUUCUCUCUUCUCACGCCCCCUCCCCAUCUUUAAUUCUCGAUAUAAAUCCCAGGAUAGAGAAGGGGAAAAGAGAACAAGAGGUGAAUAAGUGACCAUGGCCGCUAACGAAUACUACAACGAUUCUUCGCGGCGCUACAACACAUACGAGCCGUCUCUAGCAUCCGAACCACCCUCUUACACGUCGCAAUCUCAUCAGCAAGAUCGGCCUAAUGCUAACACGGUAUCUCCUUUCGAGAGUGUCUUCGAUGAUCACGUCUAUCCAACCAACUCACAAUCCCACCAAACGCCUGACUCCUCCUUGCAUAACUUGAACAACAACCAGCAGACAUUCGCUUACGAUACGAGAUACCAUGGCGCUGCUCCUGGAGAUGUUUCACCCGUAGGUACGGAUGAUAUUCCUCUGCGCCACCAGAGCAACAAGUCCCCGGCGGGCUAUGCUGCUGAUUCGAACGACCAUGUCUAUGAUACUACCGAUCAGGAAGCUGGUCAUCGGGGAGCCUCUAAGCGUGGUCUACUACGUUUUGGCGAAUUGGGCAUGCUGGGAUCCGAAAAGAGGAGAAUACCAAUUGUGGUAUACCUAUUUUCCCUGAUUCAGAUUGCUGUCUUUAUUGCUGAGCUGGUCAAGGCCGCCCAGCUUACUGGCUCUCCUAUCCAGACCAAACCUUCAUUUAAUCCUAUGAUAGGCCCGUCGCAGCAGGUUCUCAUCAACAUGGGCUCCAGAUUUGUUCCGUGCAUGAAGAAUGUCGACGGCGUACAAAACUAUCCGUCCCCAGGCUUCGGGUGGCCUUGUCCCAACACCACCACGUCCGACCCCAAUGAUGGCUCGAACCAAUGUACUCUUUCGGAACUCUGUGGCUUUUCUGGUGUUCCCAACCCCGGCUGGAACCCCGAGAAUGGGCUUAGCCAGAGCCCAGCACCCAACCAGUGGUUCCGGUUCAUAACCCCCAUCUUUAUGCAUGCCGGCAUUAUCCACAUUGGGUUCAAUCUUUUGCUCCAGCUUACCAUGGGGAAGGAGAUUGAGAGAGCUAUUGGCUCCAUCCGAUUCUUCCUCGUUUACAUGAGUGCUGGCAUCUUUGGGUUCGUCAUGGGAGGUAAUUAUGCUGCCUCUGGAAUCUCGUCUACUGGAGCGUCGGGAUCUUUGUUCGGGGUCAUCGCCCUCACGCUGCUCGAUCUUCUCUACUCGUGGGGCGAGAGACGCAAUCCUGGGAGGGAACUCAUAUUUAUCGUCAUCGAGAUCCUUGUUUCCUUCGCUCUCGGCCUUCUCCCUGGCCUGGACAACUUCUCUCAUAUCGGUGGCUUCAUCGUCGGCAUAUGUCUUGGUAUCAGUGUUCUUCACUCCCCGAAUGCCCUCCGCCGCAAGAUUGGCGAGGACCAUUUUGGGGGCCCUUCUUACUCUACCGUUGGCGGUGGUGGUAUUACUAGCGUCGCCUUUCCCGCCUUCUAUAGAAAUCCCGUAGGCUUCUUCAAGGGUCGGAAGCCACUGUGGUGGGCCUGGUGGCUCGUUCGCGCCGCGUUUCUUAUACUUGUCAUCGUCGUCUUUAUUGUACUGCUUAAGAACUUCUACUCCAACCAGAACAACUGCAGUUGGUGUAAAUAUCUCAGUUGUCUUCCUGUUAAUAAUUGGUGUGAUAUCGGAAAUCUGACCAUUUCGACAUCGUCUACCACACAGAAAAGAGGCGUCGACAUAUUUGCGCUCGAGCAAGUAGCUAACUAUUAUUCAUGAAACGAAAUCCCUCUUAACCCUAAGCAUAGUUGAUGAAUGUCGGUAGGCGAGUUGUGGAUUUAUGAUACCCCCACACAGAUCUGGUAUUGCGCGAGAAUGCAUGAUCUUUCUUAAAAAUGGCGAACAACUUGGGCCUGGAAUAGGAGACACAUUAAAAGGUCCCUUUGGGAAGAGUCUAAUUGAAUGGGGUGCACGUCGACCUUUGAGACCCCGGCGCCCCGCGGCGUCGUUAUAAUUGAAUAUACUGAUGCGGGAUGAAAUCAACGAGUCUUACGUGUAGAAUAAUCAUGGGUAUACUUGGUUAAGUAGUUAAGCUGUAUACUCCGUAGUUUACAAAGGGAAUGCUACUCUGUGGCGUAUCAUGGUUUUCUUUUCGAUGAAGCAAAUGACUCGCCUUGCAUUUUCAGG